CCCUCUCCUCCAGGCUCGCUAGGGGGAGGUCAGGACUCCCCUGCCCCGUGGCGGCAGGGAGGAAAGGCCAACGGCUGCCCUUCACCGCUCCCUUCCCCGCCCCCUCCUCACGGGCCGUGCAGGAGCAGCCCCUUAGAUUUCUAGAAAUGACUGAAAUGAAGAUAGCUAACAGCGUAACAGUCAACCUUUAGUAUUUCUGUUUGACCCCAGGGUUCAGUCUUGCAAGCAGUUGUGUAUGGAAGCAGUUUGGUGUUUCAGAAAUCUCGUGUAAGAUUACUCAUGUUUGUGGAAUCUGGGUGUCAGAUGGUACAGGUUUUGAACGCCUAAACUAAUUUGAGCAUGAUUUUCAGAAGAGCUAAAUAUCCACAGCAGUAAUCAUUUGGGGCUGUGAGUGCUCAGCAUCUUUGAAAGGUGAGCAUUGACAUCAGCUCCCACCAGUUGCAACAUGCAGCUGUGUUCAACUGUUGAAAUACUAAAGAAAACACCGUGAGCAACAACCAUCCUUCCAAGAAAGAGUGAGUGUUUAUAUCCUUCAAAAUGCCCAACUCCAAUGCUAAAUCUCACCGUAGCCUUAGAGGUGGUCAGGAAGCUGGCAGGCGGGAGCUGAUUUCCAGAUCUUUACAGAGUGCUCAACAUUGCCUGGAGGACCAUGAUUUUGGAACUGCAUAUGCUCACUAUUUGCUGGUGCUAAAUCUAGCUCCUGAGUUAAAACCUACUGUCAAAGAAACAUUCCAAUUUACUCUCUUUAAAUGGGCAGAAGAGCUAGAUUCUUUAGCACGAAUUCAAGAUUUAUUUAACUGUUAUGAACAGGCACUUGAACUGUAUCCCAAUGAUGAAGUGAUAUGUAACAGUAUGGGAGAACAUCUUUUCAGAAUGGGCUUUAGAGAUGAAGCAGCUGGAUAUUUUCACAAAGCGGUGAAGCUUAACCCAGAUUUUGCUGAUGCAAAGGAGAAUUUUUACCGUGUUGCAAACUGGCUUGUGGAACGUUGGCACUUCAUCAUGCUCAAUGAUACCAAGAGGAAUCUUACUUACCUAAAAGCAAUAGAGAAUGUGAUCCGCUCCGGGUGUAAAUCUGUUCUUGAUAUUGGAACAGGAACAGGAAUCUUGAGUAUGUUUGCAAAAAAGGCAGGAGCAUCUUAUGUCUAUGCCUGUGAAUUGUCAAAAACCAUGUAUGAACUUGCUUGUGAUGUGGUGGCAGCAAAUAAUAUGGGAAGUGAGAUCAAAAUUCUCCAUUUGAAGUCACUUGAUAUAGAAAUUCCAAAGCACAUACCUGAAAGAGUUUCCUUGGUUGUCACAGAAACUGUUGAUGCGGGUUUGUUUGGAGAAGGCAUUGUGGAGAGCUUGAUACAUGCUUGGGAGCAUCUGCUCUUACAACCAAAGCCCAAAAAUCAAGAUAUCCAUACUAAAGAGUAUGGCCAAGUUAUUCCCGCAAGUGCUACGAUAUUUGGGAUGGCAGUAGAAUGCAAAGAGAUACGUAGACAUCACAGAGUGGGAACGCAAGAAAUCGCUGGUGUACGCUUGGCAAAUUCAGUGCAGUUCUUUAGUCCAACAUAUGCCUCUGUUAGUUCGGAGGAAACUGUUGAACCUUACACCACCGAAAAGCUUAGUCGAGUUCCUGGAGGUUAUGUACCUCUGACAGAACCCUUUCAAGUAAUGACUGUGGAUUUCAACAAUCUGCAGGAGCUGAAAAGCCUUGCAGGUAGAAAGCCUUGGAAGCUCAGCCUACCAGUCACCCAAGGAGGAAUCCUAGAUGCUAUUGUGGUCUGGUUUGUACUACAGCUUGAUGAUGAGCAUGCUCUGUCUACAAGUCCCAGUGAGGAAUCUUGUUGGGAACAGGCAGUCUAUCCUGUACAGGAUCUCCCUGAUUACUCCGUGAAGCCUGGAGAUACUGUUACAAUGGAAGUUUGCUGCCAAGACUGCUACUUGAAGAUCCAGAAGAUUUCCUUUUGGACUUCAGAAUGUGGGAUGGACUUCAGUUACAGAGAAGAUGCACUGAGUUUGGGCAAUGAGGCUGAAUUAUGUAAUGCUCUAGCUAGUCUUCAAACAACUAGCAAACAGGAUGGCAAAGGUCGAGUGUGUGUGUUAGAAUCCACAGAAAUAACUCUGCUGAACAAUGUACCAUACCAUGAAUGCUUUAAAGCUGCCAUUGUCAAAGUGCUGUCUUCAUUAAACGCAGGUAAAGACUUGCAGACCAUGGAUGUUGAUGGACAUGGUAGUGGGUUGAACCUUCAAGAGUCUCAAAACCGGAGCGCUCUAGAUGCGGCUCCUGAUCCUUUGUAUGUAUUAGAUGUAUCUGAGGGCUUCUCUAUCCUACCAAUUAUAGCUGGCAAACUUGGACCGGUUAAAGCUUACAGUUCUGUUGAGAAAGAGCAGCAUCAAACAGCCCUUAACAUAAUUUCAGAAGCUAACCAUUUCCCUAAAGAAACAUUAGAAUUUUGGCUCAGCCACUUAGAAGAUGAAAAUGUGGUGUUACAGAGACCAAAAUCGGACAAAUUGUGGAGUAUUAUUAUCUUGGAUGUUAUAGAGACAUCUGGUUUAAUCCAGCAGGAGGUGAUGGAAAAGGCUGCAAUAUCCAGAUGUUUACUUCACAGUGGAGGAAAGAUAUUCCCACAAUAUGUAUUGAUGUAUGGGAUGCUUGUAGAAUCACAGUCCCUGUUACUGGAGAGUGCUGUUCAAGGAACAGAACCAACUCUUGGGUUUAAUAUAGCCCCUUUCAUCAACCAGUUCAAGGUACCUGUUCGUGUGUAUUUGGAUCUCUCUACGUUGCCCUGUCUACCCUUGAGCAAGCCAGCAGAACUUUUAAGGCUAGAUCUCAUGAAUCCUCUCUUGAACAGCUCCAGUAGAGAAGUGAAGGUGCAGAUUUGUAAGUCUGGACAAGUCACUGCAAUUCCCUUCUGGUAUCACAUACAUCUAGAUGAAGACCAUAGUUUGAAUACAUCAGAUGAGUUCUCGCACUGGAAACAAGCUGCAGUUGUUCUAGAUAAGCCUAUCCAAGUUCAGCUUGGAGAUGAACUUGUGCUUGAUGUCCAGCAUCAUAAAAGCAAUAUUAGCAUUACAGUAAGACAGUGAAGAAUGUCAGCUGGAAAUGGAUGUUGGGUUAAUUAUCUAUGCAUACACAAUUUGUUCAACAUGACUGAUAUUAACUUAUAUUAAAGUCUACAUUUUAUCUACUGAUCCCAGAGGCUAUUUUAUUGCUGUAAUAUAGUUUGUAAAUUUUUAAGUAUUUAUUGAUUAACUAAAACUCGCGCUGCAAGGCUAUCUUACCAGCCAGUUAGAGGGGAGAUAUUGUUUUCACUGUAGCAAGAAAAUUGAUUGCUAGCUAUUAUUGUUUUGGGGUUUUUUAACUUCUAAUAGCUAUGAAAGAACAGACUUAUUGAACAGGUAUCUUCUAUUACAGGAAAGCUCCUGAUUUAUAAAUCCAUGUUAUUUACCAUGUUCAGCUACUGUAGCUCUGAAUAUUGCAUAAAUCCUCUGUCCCACUUCUACAGUCACUGAGAGAGUUCUGUCAGGGCACUGUUAUUGCUAGUAUGAGGAAAAAGCAUCUGAAUGGCUAUAGUAAAAACAAAGUGUUGUUAUAAACAGCUGUGGUUGUUUAAGAUAGAGGCUUUGUUUUUUUUUUUUUUUUUUUCUCUCCAAACCUUGGUUCCACUUCUCAGUCAUGUAGGUAUAACUUUACUUAAAAAUGUAGUGAGAUCUUCACCUUGUAGUAGGGACUGUACUACCAUUCCCAUUGCAGUAUCACAUGUUACUGUUGUAGGUGUACAAUUAUAACAAGUCAUAAAGGAAUGCUGUAGAAUAAGUUAAGUUAUACAGCAAAGGUCAAGCUAGGAAACUUCAGUUAGAGAAUGGCAGUAUGUCUGGUAAUGUAAUGGGACUGAGGGCUUUUUUAGGCUAUGGGGAAGCUGGUGUUACAUAUUCCAUUAAUCACAUCACAGUACUUCUGUUCCUUUUCUGCAGCAUUACCCUUCAGCAUAAUGCAGGCAAAUAGGUUCUUUGUUACAUUUCUCUCCAAAUAAAAGACUAAAAAGCUGUUAA